AUGUCUAGUUCAGAGAAUCAAGAUGCAAUACGCACACGAGCAGCAAUGGGCGUCGCUCGCGUUUCAGGCUCAAGUGGUGCAAUACGUGGUGAACGACCUAAUUUGCAACGACUUUCCACCACAGAGGACGUAUACCUACCGUUUGUCAAGAGUUAUGUGAGUGAGAUCGAGGCUUUGAAAUUGGACAUCGACGACGGACUCGUUGAGGCACUGAUGGAGUUUGUCCUGAACAAGAAAUUACUGGAUGACUCGCUCCAUGCUGAAGCCAUGCACUACGUAUCGUAUACAGUGCCAACUACUCCCAAUACAUCGGUCGUCGUGACGUGUCGAGUGGCUUCCCUGUUAAAUGAUGUGGGACUGAAACUCUGGGAAGCUGGCUGGCUGCUUGCUGAGUACGUCAUUGCACACGAGCACGACUUUCGGAACAAAAGGGUGCUGGAGCUUGGUGCUGGAGUUGGCUUCACGGGCAUGGUCUUGGCUUGUGUUUGUCGCUUGAGUCGUGUUGUGCUCACGGACUAUGCACCAAAUGUGUUGCAAAACUUGCGGUACAACGUCGAGAUCAACUCGAACAAAUUUAUUUGCCCGGUGGAGGUACAGGCGCUGGACUGGGGAACUUGGCAGCCAAUGGAUUGUGAUGAUGGGGAGCACCCGGACAUCUUGCUUGCUGGAGACUGUGUCUAUGACGUUGCAGCUUUUCCAGCCAUGAUGCAUGCUCUUCAGUCAUUCUUUGGCAUGGACGAAGGUUGCGGAAGAAAUCGGCAGUCAAAGCGUGUGGCGAUUUUUGCAGCGACCAUUCGCAACGAGAAAACGUUUCAAGUGUUUCUCGACCAGCUUGCUAAGGCCGACAUUGACUACGUUGAUACGACAAUGUCUGUACAGAAGACGAUGGAGAAGCAUAUUUUUUCAUACUCAAAUCGAGACCAGAUCCGCAUUUGCCGCUUGUCGAGAGCUGUUCGCGACACGUCUGCAGCGUCAUAG